AUCAAAGGAAGGACGAUUCGAGUGGACCAUGUGGCCAACUAUCGGCCCCCCAAAGACUCUGAUGACAUAGAUGAUGUCACAAAAGCUCUCCAUGCCAAGGGUUGCGGAGUUAAAACCCCACCUCAUACGUCAUCCGAUUCCCUGUCAGAAGAUGAUGAUGGUGUGCCUGUGAAAAAGCAAAAAGCUUCUCUUUCAGCUAAGGACAGACAGGAGAGGCAAAAGCAGAGCUCGCAGGCUGGGAAGAGGGCGGCACCCCCAGAAGAGGGGCACCCCAGAGUCAAGAUUAAGAAGGAGAAGGAGGACCCGGCCUACGAGCGUUACGCCGGCGGGAGCCAGCAGCCCGGGAAGGGCUCCGAGAGGAAACCUGCCAGCAGGAGCCAGCGGGAAGAGGGAGAGAGGCAGCACCAGAGGCUUGUGGAGAGACGAGGGGAGAAGAGCUGCCAGGAGCAGAGGGGACACGGGGGUUUGUGGGAUGAGAGGAGAGAGGAGGCUGGCAGGAGGGGCCG